UGUUAAAACAAAUAAUUUAAUAUUCUCGGAUACAAGUUUCUACUAUUUUCUCGUUAAAAAACGAGAAGAGGAUAUAAACGAUAGAUAGAAAAAGAUACUGUGCCAAAAAGGAUAUUGCAAAAUCGGGGAACGAGAGAUUAAACCAUGCUUCGAAUUCGAAUCUAUAAGUGUUUUGCUCCUCCGGGAAUCGGGCGGCGGCACGUGUCAAAGGGUGGAAGAAGAAGAAGAAAUUCAGCAAGCGGGCAAUAAUGCGCAAGCGCGAACUGCGAUGGAGUUACUGGGGAUGCAAACGUGAAUGAGCAAGACGGCGCCUAUAGUCAAGAUGGCUGCCCUACUCCCUCCAUCGCGUCUCCCAUCGCUAUACCGGUUGGCGCGCCUGCCUCGAGGAGAGAGAACCGAAGCCAGCUCACGUCGCUAGCCAGAAACGGAUACAUACAAUCGCAUACUGUUUCGUCUACUCACUUACCCCAAAUAUUUUUAAACUUCUGCCGCAUACUCUUUUUUCUUCCUCUUUUUUCUCAAUGCGGCGCUUGCCGUUUCGGCUUUUCGGUAGUUUCGUUGACUCUUGAUGUAUACAGCCUUCCGAAAUUCUCGUCGUCGUCGUCGUCGUCGUCGUCGAUUUUCCGUGAAAAGACACGCACGAAAAUGUAUCGUCGUGCGCUUGCCGACGCUCGCACAGCGCAACGCUGUUUGACACGACGCAGGAGUAGAAAAGAGAACGACAAGGAGGGGAACAGUGGUAAGGGCGGGUUACGUGAAAGAUACAUGUAAGAGGGGAAGUUUGAAAUUUCCGAUCCAUCUCAUUCGCACCAUAAAAAUAAUGCAUCUGUUUCUACGUUUACGUUUUAAAUUUCUUGCUACAUUGCUAACGUAUAAAUACAUCGACUUGAAAAAUUAACGAGGAAUGAAAAGAUUAAUCGUAAAAGAUAUAUAAAGCUCGUUUAAAAACUAUUCUUAUUUGUGAAUUGUAACAUUUUCAAAAUCAUUAUUAUAUUCAUUCAUAUUAUAUCGUUAAAAAUAAAAAUGGGAUAUUAUUUUAAUUUUUAUCGCGAGAAAUUAUUAGUAAUAAAAUUCUAUAGAAAACAAGAAGCAAGCUCCUUUUUCUUGAGCUUGCUGAACCGAGUUUUAUAAUAGGUGCGCGCGUGUAAAAUCAAACAAUAUUGAUCGUUAAAACCGCCAUAGAAGCGAUAGUUUCUCUCGACGUUCAAACGUUCGCGGAAGAUUUUCUAAAUCGCAUAGCAGUAACCGAGAUUCUUACCUGUGAGUCAAAAGAGGCGGUCUAAGGAUAGGCAAAAGAGGUUAGAAGAGUGCGAACUCGGGAGGAAGAAGGAUAAAAUGAACGAAGGCUGCGACAGAUGGACCGUGCGCGGAAGGUGGAAGGAGAAUCCUAAGAUGGCUGCCGUGUGAGCACGGUGUACGCGUCGCGUGGAACAACAACGUGGGUGAGCUAACGGGUGCCCGAAGUGGAAGUGCAAGCCAUAACUCGGUGAUUUUUCUCGGGAGUGAAUUCCAUUCUUGUCGACGAGUUUCGUUAAAAACGUUUUCGUAAACCGGCAGAAACGUUGCUCGACGCACGGCCACGCCCUUGGCACGGGCAGCCAUCUUGCGUGUCAGCUGAGCGCGAUGCACCACGGUAGUCAGUGUUGCAACCUUAGCAACCAUCACGCGACUUGCGCUGCGUUUGCUCUUUGCCAACAUUGGUUAACGCUAUUGUACAGAACCUCAGCAGCCUCUACUUUAAAUAUAAUUCCUAGCUGCUACUCCAGACGGGGGAGGGGGGAGGCCUACCAGCUAAGCUCGAUGAGGUAGACGUAUGGCGAAGUAGGUGGGUUAUAUCCUAACAUUCAUAAUGGCGAAAGUGAACGAGCAAAUAGUCCGGGUCCGGCCCCUGAGAGCAGCUUAUGAUGGGCAUUACUCGGCUCGUUACGGAAUAAUUUACGAGGUGCGAACCGCGGGGGCGAUAAUCCAGCGACAUUUACAUCCCAAUAAACAUUCCCGAUACUGGUGGCGGCGCGCGCCACGGCGCUUGCCCACUUUCCCUCCCGAACCUCACUUUUACGGCGUUUUAAUUGUAGUCUAAUUGGUCCGUAAAACGUCCAAGUAUCUCGUAAAAGACGUUUAUGAUAACAUUCUUGUCGUUCGUACCGGCGAUCGCGUCAUCGUCGAAUCCGCAGACAAGAACAUAAGACCGGUUCAACCUGAAUCUCGUAUCUUAUAGACGGGGAGAUACGGUUCCCAAAUCGGGCAAAUAUUUACUAAAUCUUCCUUCCUUUCCCAUUCGUCUCUCCUUUACUUUCGUUUCGUUCGAUCGCGUGACGAUCAAACGUAAAGAGUGGACCGUUCGCAAAGACCGUUUUCGGCAAUAACGAUAAUCGCAAGGUGCCUCGUUGAUGUUGGUCGUUUGAACGUCUGAAUGGAUCUGGCAGCGUUAGUUCGCGGCGAAAUACAGAGGUGGCAGUGCACGUAUCCCCGCGAGCUGUGGGGGCGCCGGGAGGGCGAGGGGAACGAGCGGGUAGGAAAGGAAACGUUGCGUGACGCGCGUGGCGUGCAGCUUUCGCUCUACCGUACGGCGGCCGAUGUGUCUGUAUCCACGGCUGCUCGCGUGUUUCCACUGGUGGGGGUAACACGGGGCGGCGCCUAACCAGUCAUGGGCGUCGUUCCAAGUUGGAACUACUUUCACAUGGCGUAGGAAUUUUCGUGCUGUACCGGCGUGGUACUCGUGACGAAUUCAAUUCUGAUUGGUCCUUAAGCAUAACCUCCUCCCUUGGCACCCUGUUUUCUUCCCCCUCCUCCUCACCUUUACAGCGACGCGGGCCAACACUUCUCAUCUCCCUCUUAGCUACCGCAAUUUCGCGUCUUACUCUCUCUCCCUCUCUCUCUCUCUCUCUAUUUCUCUUUCCCCAGUCUCGCUCUUUCUCUUUCUCUUUACCUUUGCUAGUACUCUUACUCCCUACGUAGCAACCGUGUGUUUUCGUCUCUUUUCGUUACUCGUUUAUCCGCCUAUUCGAGCAUUUCUUUUUCUUCUCUCUCUCUCUGUUAUCCUCUUUCGGCCCUCCUUAACCUCUUCCGGCCUCGUCGACCGUCUUAUCUAGUUUAGUAGCGGCUUGAAUGCGAUGCAGCUCCAAAGCCAAACAGUGAGAGUAUACGAAUUUAAUCUCGCGGCACAUCGUUGAGUUACUCGAACGGUCGACAGGGGGCGCUAUGUAGUUUAAUCGGCAGAAAGAGAGAGAGAGAAGAGAGAAUCGGUGGAAGAGAAUACGGAAGAGACGAGACGAGACGCGUCUCGUCGUCGAGAGGUGGAGCGAGACGGAUCGAGAGGGUGAGUGGCAAGCGUGGAGGGGGCGUACUGUGCGGGGGAGGGGGAACCGAGUGUCGACGGAGCAAGCGAGAGAAGUCGGUUAUCGCUUGGGAGAGGGGGACGCCGCGUGAAAGACAAGGAGGGAAAGCAGCGCGCGUUCCUCGUCGCCACGUAGAGGCACCGUGGAAGAGUGUGCGCGCGCGAGUGAGACGGUGAUCGUUCGAAGGAAGAGAGGGAAUGAUAGUGGAAAAGAGAAGGAGGAGAAACGAUGGCUGGUGGAAGCGAGAAAGAGUAAUAGGGAGGGAGCGACAGAGAGAGACGGGAAAGUCAUCGGUGGAAGGAAGAGAGGCCGAUGGUGAAAGAGAGAGAGGAAAGGAGGCGAACGAGCGAGUAAGAGACGGAGGACGGUACAGAGUGGCGGUACACGGGGCGCGAGAAAAGCGGUAGUGUGCCGUGGACCACCGCACUGGCAUACCGUGGUUCGUUACGAUCCCCUUCGUACGUCGCUUCGUACCGAACCUCGCAGUCAUCAGCGAAGUCACAUUUCGGCUAGUGCUAGUGCAGUGCGGACAGAGUCGGAGCGGUUGCUUCGGUCCUUUUAAAAAAGAACGACCGAGUUUCCGAGACGAGACGCACGAGGCCCCGGGCCUGGUGACCGAUUCAGAAUAUCAUAAUAUCGCACGAUAUCAUAUCGAUAUACGAGAUAAGAGGAGAGGUGUUCCGCGAGGGAGAGAUCGUCGCGUGCCGGCCGACCGAACGUCGACGGGCGCGCACGCGGUAGAGAGAGACCCAUAGCCAGUUUUAUAGCCCGUCUUAUUACCCCGGUUUAUUGCGUCGUAACGGUUUAACGAUCAUCGCCCGUUUCCACCACCUACACCGCCGGUUCACUUCUCUUGCCGGUAGCGGUAACCAUAACAAGCUCAUAAAAGCCCCCGCCGCUGCCAUGAGUCCCAUUCCGAAUUAUACUCGUACGGCCUAUUGACAUUGACACUCUUGGGUGCAACCGCUUAUACCUACCGAUGACUUUUAUGACCUCUUAAAACGGUUUAAUGCCUGUUUGCUUGUCCCUUGUCGACGCUGUCACCUGUCGCCACCCGCGUCAAACAGCGUAUCGGUGUUUAGACGCGACGCGCCUACCUCUCGCUUUUUGGCGCCAACUGCUACCGGAACACGGACUCGGAACUACCACGAUCAACUCGUUCAACUCCUCGUUCUUCCGUGGGACGAACGGUGGAUCUCGAACGGUGAACGGACCUUUUUGAACAAAACUCGGGGGAAAACGCGACGAGAAAAAUAUCGCGCGGAGCAUGGACUCUUAAUAUUGUUCGCGAUUAAAAAAAAAAAAAAAACUUAUUUUUCCAUCCUCUCCGUCCUCUCGACAGAUUAGACCGAGAACAAUAUAGAAUAACGAGAAGAGAAAUCGUUUCGAACGAGGCCUCAUUCAUCGCAAUUCGAUCGCGAGUUAUAUAUUUUUUUCAUCGAGUGGCGGUGUUUCAGUGCAAGUGAUCCAAAAUACCCGGGAUAAUGAACUCGUAUUUUGAGCAGACUGCGGGUGGCUUCUACGGAAGCCACCACCAUCAGACAGGAGCCGCCAGUCAGCAUCAUGAUCCAGCCACGGCAGCCGCCUAUCGAAGUUUCCCCCUCGGCCUCGGUAUGUCACCGUACGCGUCCACCCAACACCAUCAUCACACCUCCUCGUCGUUGGGCAUACACCCGGGCGGUGGGACGAACACGAGGCCGCCCCAGGAUUCGCCGUACGAUGCGAGCGUCGCGACGGCUUGCAAGCUUUAUUCGACGACGCCCGAGGCAACUGGCCACACGACAUCCUCGUAUUCGACCACAGCGGCCAAGGACUGUAAGCAACAGGAUCAAGCAUCGGCGCAUCAGAACGGUUACGCCGCAGUGAUGGCAGCUGCCGCCGUCAAGGACGUGUGGCAAUCGGCUACCUCGGGGGCGAACAGCCAGAGCAAUUCGGUGGUUCGCCCAUCGGCGUGCACCCCGGAAGGGACGAGGGUUGGUAGCUACGGUGGUCUCGUAGGCGGCGAUCCGGCAUCGAGUCCUGGCAACAACAGUUCCUCGAGGUCCCUCACGUCGUCCUGGAACACCUGCAGUUUGAACUCGUCCGCGAGCCAACCGGUUGCCACGCAACUACAUCAGCAACCCACCAACCAUACGUUCUACCCCUGGAUGGCUAUAGCAGGUAAGGAAGAUAUUGCUAAGCCACAUUGGACAUGGUUGCAAGGAGCGAACGGAAUGCGCAGGCGCGGCCGCCAGACCUAUACGCGCUACCAGACGCUCGAACUGGAGAAGGAAUUCCACACGAACCACUACCUCACCAGGCGGAGGCGGAUCGAGAUGGCACACUCGCUCUGCCUGACGGAACGGCAGAUCAAGAUCUGGUUCCAGAAUCGGCGGAUGAAGCUGAAGAAGGAGAUACAGGCGAUCAAGGAGCUGAACGAACAGGAGAAGCAGGCGCAGGCGCAGAAGGCAGCGGCAGCAGCGGCCGCGGCUGCGCAUCAGCAGCAAGCGGCCGGUGGGGGACCGGAGGGGGCCAACUAGGGGUACGCCCUGCACCGGAGCCCCCCUGACCACCCCACCACCAAUCCACACCACCCUCUGCUAGCACCGCAAUGUACACAGCUAUAUUAAAGGUGAGUGGCAGGCUGCAUCCACUGUCUCUGUAAUGCCAAAUAGAUGGUCGAUGUGCGUAUCUGUCGAUCGUCAAUUUAUCGGUUGCGGCGAAUCGGAUGCUGCACCCGGUGAGUGACGAACCCGCCUCCUGCUCCCUUCCACCUCCCCCCUCCCCCCGCGCCAUCGCCACCGCAACCGUCACACCACCCACCCACCUAUGGAGAAACCUCCUGUCAGCUCACUUUGACCAAUAAUCCCGCAGACCAAUCAGUAUCCAAGUGCACACAGUGACGUCCCCGGUACAAGCCUGGUAUUGUCGUAGUUCACCCUUUACCCCCUUCCUAUCCGUGGUCUUCCUCCCUCCCUCCCUGCUUUUGGCGCAGUAGUGUGUGUGUAGAUAGAGGGGGUGAGUUAUAUAUAUAUAUAUAUAUACGGAGUAUAGUUCCGCUCGUUAAAACAACCGAUCUCCGUCCCGUAUCUCGUUUACGAGCGUGAAAAGGCGAACAGGCGACGACGACGCGCUCUAUGAACAACAACAACAACGACACACGUUCGUAGAGACGACGAUCAUCGAGAAACUUUUUAACAUGUUACAUGUGUCCAGAUAUAUAAACGUUUCUCACGAUGUUUCCUCGGGUUUUUUAUCUCACUUUUUAUCUCACGGCAAAGGUGGUGGUGCGUUGGGAUGCGCGGCAAUCUCUCUCUACGAAGAAGAAAUACCUUAAAUACGUAAACGAAAUGGCUAAGAGUUUAAUAAUUGGUAAGUUGACGCUUGGGAAGCGAGCGCAAAGUAUCCACGAGCGUCCGCGGCGCUGCGGCGAUCGACACGGAUAUACGAACGAUUAGGAGGGGGGUCGAUUCGGCAGUUUUCGUCUCUAUCGACACGCGUCGUCUCAACGAAAAAUAAAAUAAUUAUUUUUCUCCUCUUUCGCGGAUCGAUAUAUUAUACAGAGAAAGAGAGAGAGAGAGAGAAAAGAAUAGAAUAUAUUUUGCCGAUAUACCGUUCUUCUUAUUUAAAAUUUAUUAUCUAGCAAUUGGUUUGAAAAUUAAAAUUAAUCCUUAAUCCUUUGAUUGUGGAAUCGAAUCUUUGAAUUCGUAUAUAUAUAUAUGCCAUGUAUGAUGCCGAUAUUAUAUGUCUUUCGUAAUUGAAGGAUUAAGAGGAUUAAAAUUAUAUACGAGGUUUUCUCGCUUAAAAAAUGAAAAAAAAAAAAAACUAUUUCGAUAAAAAAUAGCUAGAUAGGAAAAUUUUAAGUAAGGAGGAUCGACGAUAUGAUUUCACGAAUACCGCCAUUCCCUCCCCUCCCCUGUUUUUUUGUUAACUGUAGCGAUUUAUUUCGUUUUGUUUCGCUUGUUUGAUCGCAUACGCUCGCUGAUACCACGAUCCCUUCCAUAGCGUGUUAAUAAUGCUAACGACUGCUGUUGAUGUUAUGUUUUUGUUAAUUAUUAUUAUUAUUAUUAUUAUUAUUUUUUUUUUAUUAUUAUUAUUUGUCUGCGAAAACGACACGAGAACACGUUUCUAUCGUCGUCGUGUGCCUCGAUGUUUCUUUCGAGUAUUGAUCCUCUUUCCUGAAGAUAAGAAUAAAGGGGGAAAAAGAAAAACGGGAUAGCAAUAAUAUUAGAAUAUUUGUCUAUGACAAUGUCCCGAUCUUUUUUUUUAUUCGGGGCACGAAAUAAAAGACGAUAAAAACGUGUUUCUUUCGAUCGGUACAAAAUAUAUAUGUUGAUGUUCGAUAAUUUUGUUAAAUAUUAUAUAUUAUAGAGAAAAAAAAGAAAAAAAAACGUUUAUGCGAUGCGUACAAGCGCGCCUCCUAUAUACCAGACAGCCGAGAAAGAGAAAUGGUAGUAAGACGGCGCAUGCGCGGUUUUUCUCUUUACGAGUCGAAUGUAACCUUUAUACGCCGAACGCGAACGUGUAAAGGAAAAAGUAAAAAGUAAAAAGUAAAAAAAAAAAAAAAAAAAAACAUUAAAGAUACACAGAUUCCUUCCUUUCUUCCGUACUUUCUUUUUUUUUUCUUUCUUUCACUGUGUUCGUUUAUAAUAAUUUCUCUCUCUAUCUGUGAAUCGUUUCGAAUCGUUCCAAACGAACAAAUCGAACGAAACUCCGAUAGACACUUUUAACAUCAUUACAUUGUACGUACCUACUUAGUACCUAUGAACGCCUACCCAGACACAAAGUGUGCGUGGCGCUAUCCUAAGGCAGUAAAACACAACUAUUCUAGUUAAUGAAUGUAUACGAAUAGCCGCUAAGAGACACGCAAGAAUAAUAGGUAAACGCAGUAUUUCUAAGAGGAAUGUAAUGUUAAUAAUUAUUUAUUUUGUGGAUCUCGGUGAAACGGGAAGAAUAAACGGAAAAAUAAAAACUGAUAAAAAGUAAUAAUAAAAAAAAAGAGACGAAGUUAGAACGCGCGAAAAAAAAUUAUAUAUAUAUAUAUAUAUAAAUAUAUAUGAAUAGAAUGAAUACACAUUCGUCGCUCUGCUGUGCUGUAAAAUGUUUUUAAACUAUGGAUUUUUUUUAUAGGCAAAUAGGCCUAUAUCUCUUAGGGAUAGGCGUAUCCAUGCGUAGUGGUAGCCGCAUCAUCACUAUCAUCGUCAUUAUCAUCAUCAUUAUCAUCAUCAUUAUCAUCAUUGUCAUUAUCAUUAUCGUUAUCGUUAUCAUUACCAUCAUUAUCAUCAUCAUCAUUUUUUUCACUGUAAACGUUAAUAAUUUCUUUUUCCCGCGAUGAUGGCGACAUAAGAACGAAAGGAAAAAAACGGAUAUCUAUCAAGGCAAACACACAGCAUCCUCUUUUGUAAUAUAAUUCUAGAAUAUCGGUUGUUUACCAAUUUGGAUCCUGAUUGUAUGUAUACCCGCGAGAGCGGCCAGGGCCGCAUCUGCUGCCUAUGCGUGGAAACCACGUGUUGUAAAACGACGUGUAUAAAAAAAAAAAAAAAAAAAGAAAAAAAAAGGAGACGAUUUUUGUCUCUCUCUCUAGGGGGCGGUUGCUGCUCUGAACGCUGAUUGUAAUAUUACCUUGAUUAUACGAUUACUAAGGAAAAAAAAGGAACAAAAUAAAUGCGAUGUAAACUUGA